AAAAAAAAAAAUCUUAUUUCUGAAAAAACGAGUAAAUAUGCAAUACUUCACAUAACGGCCUCUUCCGUGUAAUUACGUUUAAUAACUAUGUGUCCGACUCAUGUGGAACUCAAUUUUACGUCAAUUAAAUCAAAUAUGGCUAAGAAAAAUCGAAGAUUAUAUGUUGGACCUGAUACGCACGAUAUCAAAGAUACCGUUUCAUCCAAUAAUAAUGAUGAUGAUGAAACUUUUACAAAUGAAGUUAGUAAUCAACCAAGUGAUCACGUCAACGGAUCACCCACUACAAUGAUCGAUCGUAGUCACACACUCCCUGGUAGUAAUCCUUACAAUUCGCCUAAUUCUACUAAUAACAUAAAUGCUGGUACUUCUAUAAACGGAGACUUUAAUAAUCAGUCAAGAAGUGGAUACACCAAUGAAUUAUCUGUUGAUGCACCCGCAUUUCCUGCUUCAGACUCAUCUCGCAAUUUUAUUGGGUCAGUUAAUGUUAAUACUGGUACUUCUUCAAAUGCUUUUACAAUUGGAAAUGGCCCUAAUGACCUUAAUUAUGCUAGUACUUCUACAAUUGGAAACGGAUUACCAAGUGGAUCAAAUUCAUUUUAUUCUACUUCUACAAAUGAAGAAUUUAUGAAUCGCAACCUCGAUGGUAGUUUUGUUAAUAAUUUUUUAAAUGGGAACGUUAAUAAUCAGUCAAGAAGUGGAUACACCAAUGAAUUAUCGGUUGGUGCUGGUAUUACCACUUCUCGUAUACCCACAUUUCCUUUUAUUGGCUCGGUUAAUACUGCAAAUACUUUUACACUCAAUGGCUUUAAUGGUGCUAGUACUUCUACAAUUGGAAGCGUUAUAAAUAGUGGACACACAAACGGAUUACCAAGUGGAACAAAUUCAUUUUAUUCUAAUUCUACAAAUGAAGGACUUAUGAAUCAUAACCUCAAUGGUAGUUAUGGGGGUACAUUUACAAAUGGGAACGUUAGUAAUCAAUCAAGUCGUGAAUUAUCGGGUGGGAUUAAUCGUUAUACAAUUGAUGGCACUAAAUAUCUAUCAUUUAGAGUAGAUAAUAUACCAGAAAGUGGUGAUUUUAUUAAAAUUAGAGACGUUAUAUAUGAGUUAAUUCCAGAAGAUAGGUUUAUAACCGAUGUUGGUACAUGCACAAAUGGAGGUUAUAAUGAACUUUUAGCUAACAUUAAUCCACCUUACAAUAAAAAUGCAGCUACACACUUUAAUGGAGGAUUUUUAGAUCCAUUUUCAAAUAAUAAUAAUAAUAACGAGAAUUAUCAAUUUCAAUUAGUUUCUAGCACCAGUCCUUUAGUUGAUAUACCGAAUGAUAUUGAUGAUAAUUUUAUAUUUAAUGGUAAUAAAUAUCCAUUCCAAAAAAAUUUUUCCGGUUAAUAAGAAUUUAUGGACGAUAAGAAAAAAUAUGAAAACAAUUAAUUAUUUAAACAAAUUAAAUUAUUUUACAUUUAUUUUUUUUUUUUUCCUGUACGA